AUGGAGAUCUCCUGGCGAGGCAAACUGCCUCGAGACUCGCGCUUCAAUGGGCCCCUUCGCUUCAACCGCGUCCGCAACCCAGAAGACGCUUUAGUACCAUGGCGAGAGCGAAUCAAGCACUUCACCUGGGCCUGGUUCGGCUGCACCCUCUCCACCAGCGCCGUCGGCGUCCUGCUCGGCCUCACGCCCCACCGCUUCCCCGGCCUGACGACCAUUGGCAAGAUCUUCUUCAUCUUCGCCAUCGUCCUUACCGUCGCGUUUUCUGUCUGCAUUUGCGUCCGCUUUUAUCUGGUUCGCCCGGCGUUGCGUAAUUCUUUCAUCCACCCCACCGAAUCGCUGUUCUUUCCCACUUUCUUGCUUACGCUAUUGAAUCUCCUCAUGGCCGUCCAGAUCUACGGCGUGCCGGAAGAAGGAUCUUGGUUGAUCGUCGCUCUGCGUGUCAUGUAUUGGAUAUAUGUCGCCGUCGCAUUCAUCACGGCCGUCGUACAGUAUCUGGACUUGUUCGCGGCGCCCGCACAGAGGUUAACAAUCCAGGGUAUGAUCCCAGCGUGGAUCCUGCCCAUCUACCCUUGUAAACUCAUCGGCUCCCUCACCGCCGUCCUAGCCCCCUCUCAACCACCCGGACACCGCGUAGCAAUGAUCGUCGCCGGUCUCACAUUCACCGGUCUUGGCUGGAUGGUCGCCCUCCUCAUGCUCGCGGCCUACCUGCAACGACUCCUAGCAUAUGGCUUACCCGCCCCCAAUCUCCGACCAGGGAUGUUCAUCUCCGUCGGCCCGCCCUCCUUUGUCGCCAUCGGCCUCAUAGGCAUCGCCGACGCCCUGCCGCCCGACUACUGGUACUUGAACAAACACCCGCUCGCUGUUUACGUGCUACAGCCGGUAGCAGACUUCACCGCCAUUUUCAUCUGGCUGCUUGGAUUCUGGUUCUUCUGCAUCACGCUCUUGGCUGUGCUGGCCGGGGUGAAGGAGAUGUCGUUCCACCUGGUGUGGUACGCGAUGAUCUUUCCCAAUGCCGGCUUCACCAUGGCCAUGAUUCGCAUUGGGAACUCAUUGGAGAGCCCUGCUAUUUUGUGGAUCACGAGCGUGCUGACUGCUAUGUUGGUUGCUAUGUGGUUUUUUGUCUUUGGAUCGAUGGUUAGGGCGGUGAUUAAAAGAGAUAUUCUCAUGCCGGGGAAAGAUGAGGAUAAAGACCAAUUCAAGGAGGACGACGAGCAAUACGGUGUGCGUGCGCCGCCGAUGUGA